GGCGGCAGCGGGCUCACACCAUGUCGCCGCGGCGGCGGCAGGAGCGGCGCCGGUGCCGGCAGCCUCUGGCAGCCUCACGAUGCGCCCCGCACCCGGGCAUGGCACGGCACGGCACGGCUCGGCCCGGCCGGCGGCGCUCACGCCGGGAGCCGGCAGUGGCAGCCGCGGCCCCGCUCUCGCAUGGGGGGGCGGCUCACGCCCAGCGUCGCGGCGGUGCCCCCGCCGCCUCCGAGCCCUUCCCGCGGCGCUGCCCUCGCAUCAAACGGCGCCGGGCACCGGCGGGCAGGGGCUGCGCGUCCCGGCGGCGGCGGGGCAGGGGCGCGGGGCUGGAGCGGGGUGCUGCGAGCCAGACAAAGAUAGCUGGGGAGGAGGAGGAGGAGGAGAAGGAGGAGGAGAAAAAAUAUACUGCGAGAGGAGAGAGAGAGAGAGAGAACAGCUCCCCCUUCCCUUCUCCAACAGGAAAAACCGGCGGAAACGCACCCGCACCAGAGCACUGCUGGAAAGGCACUGUGAUAAAGAACAUGUGGCUGGUGAGUGGUGCUGGCAGAUGGACGGGGCUGCUGCUCUGCAGUGAUCAAACAUCUUCCCAGCAAGGUCUCAGAAGACAAGCAUUGACUGGAGCCACAGAUAUAGCAGAAGACACUGUUCCUAGGAUGGGGAUACCUCUGCACCAGUUACUUUAAUCAGCCAGUUUGAGCUAGAGAUAUACAUCUAUAUAUGCAUAGGUAAGGGACAAGCAGAGCAAAAAAGUCAUAAAUCUUAACAUUUCAAGAACUCCAUUUUGCUUUGAGCAAGCAAAAUGACAGUCAAGAGACAUUCCCUUCAAAUAAUAUUUGAGCAAUGACCACCAUGCAGAAAGAUGAACUUCAUAAUUACAAAGAUAAACAGUGAUAUAAAAGGCAGAGAGGAAUGUGCAGAAGAGCAACAGAAAUGCUUUUUUCCAGAGGUAGUUCUGUCCUCAAAUUGUUAUGCUCUCAGCUGUACAACCUGUUUUCACAACAUGUAAUGUUUCAUGACCAAAAGGGGAUAAAUUUUAUUCAGAUCCCUUCCACACCUACAUUGAAAAGGAAGUAAACAUUGUGCCAUCAUUAAGCAGCUUAGUAAAGCUUGGGCUCUGUGGAUGAAGAAGGAUUGGCAGGAGAUGUCAUUACAUGUCAGGCUCAAGUCUGUCAGUCUUACACCACGAUUGCUGUACAGGGCCAAUCUCCUCUGGCACAGCAGGGGUUACCAGACUUCUCCUCUACUUAACACAAAAACAGCCUAAGACUAAAGAAACCAGUUGAGGAAUAAAUGCCCUGGCAGAAAGAUACUGAAGGUCAAAUUCUGAGCCUAGUCUAUAGCUCUAUUGUAUUUGGAUAUCAAAGCAGAUAGCUGAAGUAUGCAUGAGUGUGUGCAUUCAUUCACUAAUAAGGGGUUACUGUGGUACAUUUUCUCAUGAUCCCUUUUUUCUCCUCAACUCAGUAUUUUCACCCAUGGUGAGGUCCCCAGAAAGGUUACUGCCGUGGAAUGAAUAAAGUUGCACUUAGAUAAUGAUGACCAGGGUUUUCAAAGAACUCAGAUUCUGUAUGGGCUCAUACAUGGAACAAUCCAAAUUUUGCUGAGACCUCUCUCAGAAGUACUGGCUAAACCCAGCCUCUAAGAGUUGCUGUAUACCAAGGAAAGGAGAACUACAAGGGCCUGAUGAAAAGCCCAUGGCAAGUCCCAGUUGAUUCAGAAUAUCAGAAGGUAGUGUAAGCCCUGUGACUAAAAGCUGCAUUGCAUUGGCUCUGCAGGGCGAGUGGCAGCACCACCGAUGUGGCAAACACGGAAACUGGCACAGCCUGGGCACUGUGUCCCCCCUGCUUCACAGGCACUUGGGCCAUUGCUUCUGGAGAAAUGCACAAGUAGGUUGUUCUUCUCCAAGCUACACAGCUUGUGGUUAAACCACACUAAGCUGAAAAUGUAAAAACCUCUCAAGGCUGCAAAAUGCACUGUUUCACUGUCACAUGUAGAAUUAGGAACAAUAUUUAUGAGGGCUGAAUAGAAAAAAAUCGGGUGUUGUGUGUGCUGAUUAUUUCUGUACUUCAACAGAAGUUCCCAGGUCCUUAUGCUUCAGGCAUUUCUGCUAGAGCUGAGAGCAAGUCUUCUAGAUCUGUGUCAAGCUGCAGAAGCUACUUUAAGAGCUCAAGCAGAUUUUCCUGGUUUUAACCAAACCUGGAUAUUGUGCCUAAUAGACAACAUCACCUCUCUAUUUACCCAGGUAUUUUUAAUUUAUUAGAAGCAGUCACUACGUUAUUAGGUGCUUUAUAAUUAAAACAGGCAAAAGAACAGGAUUAACUGGCAGAACAUGAGCAACUACCUACCCAACAAAAACAAACAGGACAAAAUACCACAUUUAAUAAUAAUACUAAUAAUGAAAAUUACUUUGGGUUUAACAUGCACAUCUUACUUCCCAACCUUUUAUCAAAGGGUUAAGGGUUUUUAGCAUGUGUUAAUAGUUAACACAUUUGGUUUCAGAAAACUGAAAAACUUUGCCAUACACAUGCACAAAUUGUCUUAAUUUAUUUCAACCUAGCAGACAGUGAAUGCUGUCAUUAAUAUGUUCAUCCAUCCCUUAUUUGAGGUUCUUCCUAAAUCCUUUGACUCCUCCCUGAAGGUGAUAAUUCACUCUUUAAGAGUUAUGUCUUAUUGCAUUCAUUUUUGCAGCAGCAAGAAGAAAACUGAAUCAAUCAAACCUGCACAGAGUAACAUUAAGCACUCUAACUCUUUAUAAACCUCAUUUUUGAAGUAGAAUUUGGCCCAAAGAAAGCUAGCAUUUCAAUAAAAAUUAAUCACAACAUUUAAAAGAAACCACUUUUUUUUGUAUAGUUCUAAAACUAUGCUCAAUUGCUCACCUGAAAUAAGAACUGUAGAUACUGCUUUGUGCUUUGCCUGUUAAAAUACGACAUUGCUCUGGCCAUUGCUUGUACUCUUUUAACCCACUAUAGGAGGUGAUAUACAGGGAAUAACACUAUAAAACUUUGUCAAAGGCAUCUGGUGUGUUUAAAUGCAGUGUUUCAAUGUUUUGACUGACCAUGGGUAGCCUGUUGUUAAUAGGAUUUGCUCAGGAGAACCCUUACUGGAGGUACUUGUUAAUUCCCAGCCAGGCUUCAGCAGCUAGUGUGAAAGGAGGUUUCAUCUUGAUAUGAUUUUCUUGCAUUCACCUGCUUAACUAACCAGGAACUGUUCAUGAGGGAGGGCAGCUGAAGGAAGCCACAAGAUAAAAUAGGAGAGAGAGGGGGAAGAAGUAAUUUGGAUGGCAAGGCGUGUUGAGGGUUUCAGAGAUGGAAGAUUCUUUCAGAAAAAGUGGGUUGAAUAUGCCCCUUUACCAAGGCCUCCAAUUAAAAUUGAAAUGAAAGAACCUAUGAAAGUGAGCCAAAGAUCAGAGAAGAAAGACUUGUGAAUAUUGACCCCAGCAGAGAAGCAGGGGCUCACCUGCAAGGUCCUCAGUGGUCCCUGAGAUGUUCAGCUGCUGGAGUGCCAUGGUCCUGGCUCCUGGCCCUCUGUGCCUCCCCACCCAGAGAGGGAAAAACAAGAGGUGCAGACGCAUCCCUUCCAGCUCUCGUGCCAGCAGAGAGACAGGUCAUGGCUGGAGCUCCUUCCAUUGAGCAUUUCCACAUGGGUAAAGAGUAACUGUAUGGAAAACAGCAUUUAGCAUUUAGUUAUGAGAAACAGAUAUUGCACAGGCAAGUAAUGCCACAGGAAGGGAGGCAUUACAUACUAUUUAUGGGGUUUUUCUUGCUCACUACAUUUCUACACUGACUGUAGCUAUAGCUGUGACAGUAACCUCCCAUUAAGAUGCAAGCUCUAGAAAAAUGUUCUGUACUUUCCAAAAUUUGUAAAGAAAUGACUGUGCGUAGCUUUGCACAAUACUUAUUGUAUUUUUGCAAUUUAUGCAGAGAUUUCUUAACUAAUUGCGUCCUUAGGUACACUAAUGCCUAUAAAUGAUGUGAGUGAUAAAAUAAUUCCAGGGUAACUUCUACAAACAAAAUGUUUGACAUCUGUUUUGUAGCUAAGAAAAUUGGAAAAAGACAAGAUGACAGCUGCAGAAGCAUAAAAAAGUAUGUCAUAAAAUUGUCUGAUAUUCAUAUAGAUCACUUGACUGUGAUGGCAAAUUAAAUCAUGCUGUUUUCCAAGAUUCACUCAUAGUCAAAACUGUAUAUCUUCUUAAACAAAAGCUUUGUGCAUUCCUAACAAUAUGUUAGCAUCUCUUUCAAUUAUGAAAACUACUAAAGAUUUGAUUCAAAGAUAUUUUUCCCUGUGGCCAUUAAGGCUUCAAAUUAUGGAAAACAUUUCUGAUUCUAACUUAUUGUUGCACAGUUGAAAGGGGAAUAAUCCAUUGUCUUCUUGAUUAUUUUCAAGACAAUGGUGAAAAUACAUUAUAAAUAUCUGAAAAAAAUUGGCAAAUUGCAGAAACAUCACAGAAUCUUGUUAAAUAUUGUUUCUGUCAAGAAUCAGAUUAAAGGGAAAACUAAUUAAAUGUACUAUAGGUUAAUUAUAUUUUUAGUUUUUUAAUUUUAAACAGUUAUAAAAAUGUUAUUAAAAAUAAUCCAAGGAUAUAUUGAAAAUAUUAAAACAGAUAAGAAACCUUUGUGAUUUCUGAGGGCAACUAGGAUGGCAUAUGAGAGAAAAAUAUCCAAGGUACAUUCUCUAAAAUGCCUCUUAAAUGCCUCUUGAAACUAAAUUUUGGUCUAAAUUUUCCCCAGUGAUUCUAUCUUCCCUAAUGUUUGCACUACCACUGGCUGCAGUAGCAAUGAGGUUGCCAGACUGGAGUCACUGUUUAUUAAAAUUGGUUCCACGUUUAACAUUCAGCACAAAUGUCAGUCAAAAGUAAAGGGCAAAACCCUUCUCCAUACUCUGAAGUGCUCUCCAUACUCUCUGUGCUUUUCAGGUAGACUCCUGCUUAGUAACUAAGCAACCACAUCCUCCAUCUCUAACUCACACAUUUUGAUCCUACCAGAGGAUUUGCUUUGGCAAAGUUUACAUUGAAUCAAUUGUAGAUCUGCAGUUCAAGACUGAAAUGUGCUUGUUAUAAAAUCAUGAAUUAAAUACUUCAGAGAAUAACUGGAGGUCUGCAGAUCAUCCAAUUUAUGAAUAUUGUAAUCCACAUUGAUAUUUUCAGUUGGGAAUGUAUAUUCUACAAUAAAUCAAUAAAAGUGAAUUUAAGCCCCAUAUAUCUUUUGGCCUAUAUUGAUACCAUUUUUUUAAAUUAACAAGUUGAGUGUGAAUGCUUAUUGUCCCACUGACUAUAAUAUUGCCUAGGUGUGCUUUGCUUUAUCCUCAAGGAUCGUAACAUUUAGUUUGAAUAAAUAAUCAAAACAAAGCCAAUAGAAAAUUCUGAACCUCCUUUUGGAAGUGCAACAUUUGAAUGAAAUGUCUGCCUCCCAUGAGUAAGUCACAUGGACAUUCUCACAGAGAAGUAUUCUGCUAGU